AGCGGCGCGGGUUUCAGGCUUUGUGUCUUCCAGAGUGUUUCCGUGGGACUUGUGGCCCUCUUGGCAUCCAGGAACCUUCUGCGUCCACGACUGCACUGGGCCCUGCUGGCAGUAGCUUUGGUGAACUUGCUCUUGUCUGCCGCCUGCUCCCUGGGCCUCCUCCUUGCUGUGUCACUCACUGUGGCCAACGGUGGCCGCCGCCUUAUUGCUGACUGCCAUCCAGGACUGCUAGAUCCUUUACUACCGCUGGACCAGGGGCCUGGACGGGUUGACUGCCCGUUUGACCCCACAAGAAUCUAUGAUACAGCCUUGGCUCUCUGGAUCCCUUCCUUGCUCAUGUCUGCAGCGGAGGCUGCUCUGUCUGGUUACUGCUGUGUGGCUGCACUCAGCCUGCGUGGGGUUGGGCCCUGCAGGAAGGAAGGGCUUCAGGAGCAGCUAGAGGAACUGACAGAGGUUGAACUUCCUAAGUGUAAAAGACAGGAAAACGAGCAGCUACUGGAUCAGAAUCAAGAAAUGCACGCAUCACAGAAAAGCUGGGCUGAGGACAGGUGCUGAUCCAGAGGCUCAGUCCACAGCGGUGACAUAAACCCCAAGAUGACAUAAACAGUUGUAAUAAAAGAAUUCCUUUCUUCUU